UUUGUCAAACUUUGUUAGUUGCGGCGGCGUCAAAUAACGGCAAAUUUAAUUGAUUUUAGUUUAUUUUUCAUUACAAAAAUCGAUAAAAAUGGUCGAGAAUAAUGAAGUCGAGCUCUCGGAAGCGGAGGCGGAACAAUACGAUCGUCAAAUUCGUCUUUGGGGCUUGGAAUCACAGAAGAGAAUACGCUCUUCUAAAGUUUUGAUCAUCGGCUUGUCCGGUUUGGGUGCCGAAAUCGCUAAGAACAUUAUUCUAUCUGGAGUGAAGAGUGUGUGUUUACUAGACAAUGAAAAGUUAAAGGAGAGUGAUUUGUACUCGCAGUUCUUAGCUCCGCCGGACAAGAUAGGUGAGAAUAGAGCCGAGACCUCGUUGCAACGCGCGAGGGCUUUGAACCCUAUGGUCGAGGUUACAGCGGAGACGAAGGCAGUAGAAGAGCUGCCGGAUAGCUAUUUCGCAACGUUUGACGUAGUUUGCGCGACAGGUUUGAAGCAGGAACAACUUGAGCGUAUAAACAACGUUUGCCGUGACAACACGAAGAAAUUCCUUUGCGGCGAUGUAUGGGGUAUGUUUGGUUAUAUGUUCGCUGACUUAUUUGACCACGAGUAUUCGGAGGAAAUAGUCCAACACAAAGCUGUGAAACGCGGCCCUGACGAUACUGAGAAGAAUGCUAGAGAAACUGUUACCAUUAAUGUGAAGCGCAGAGCUAUUUAUGUGCCGCUGCAAAAUGCUUUGUCAGCUGACUGGUCGAAGCCAGAACUACGUUCGAGAUUACGUCGGGGUGACCCCUCAUACUUCGUCAUGAAGAUACUCCUAAGAUUCAGGGAUGAGUACAAUAGAAAUCCGGAUCCAGCUAAACGAAGAUCUGACACAGAAGUAUUAUUCCAUAUGAGAGAUGAGUUGGUUAAGGAAUUGAAUCUCCCCGCUGGGUUUAUAUCUAAUGCCUUAUUAACAGAUGUGUUUGGGGUUGUGGCUGGGGCUGCAGCGGUGGUGGGAGGUGUUAUAGGCCAAGAGGUGGUGAAGGCAGUCAGUCAGCGGGAACCCCCGCAUAAUAACAUGUUCUUCUUCAAUCCUGUCAAAUGUGUUGGAUUUGUUGAACUGUAUGGACAAUAAGCUUUGGUUUUGACAUUUGUAACUUGCAAACCUGAUUCUAAUAAUAAAUGAAAAUUAUUUAAGUAAAC